AUGAAAAAAAUGACUCCAUUGGAAGACUUAUCUAAUGAAUUGUUCUUCGAAAUAUUUGAUUAUUUACAUGCACUUGAUAUUUUUAUGGCAUUUUCAACACUCAAUCAACGUAUUACAUUGAUACGGUCUUCAAUUUCACUUCGUAUUGUUGUUUUGUCAUAUCAUUGUCAUCGCCAAAUAAAAUCUCCUUCUUCCUAUCUUAUCGAUCAUACACAUCAAGUAGUUUCAAUUUCUCUUGAAGAUUCCAUUCGUGAUUUUACAUCUAUUAUUUCUUUCUUUUUCAUUCGACAUCCGCUUGAAAAUCUUGAACUAUGUGCACUUUAUUCAUCACAUUGGCAACUUUGUGAAGAAAAGAAACAAUAUACAAGUCAAACUAUUUUAAUAUAUCAAUCAUCUUCACUUCGCUCGCUCGAUUUUGUAUUUUACUUCUAUCAUUCGCAUUUAACAACUGGUGUUACUCUUAAAUGGACAUUAACGCCAAUGACUUUAACAUUUUAUGGUUUAUCUUAUCAGGUAUCAAUUUAUUGUGUUCUAUAUGUAUUUCAUAUUUAUCGUGCAUUAAGACGUUUACGUGUAUUUAUAUUAAUUCUUGCAAAUCCAAAUAUUCAACAUGCAUAG